AUGACACUCUUAGGUGUUAUGCCUUUUUGUCUGCAACCGAAGAAUCUUGAGGGUUAUGUGGGAUUUGCCAACCUUCCAAAUCAAGUGUACAGAAAAUCCGUGAAACGAGGAUUUGAAUUCACACUUAUGGUAGUAGGUGAAUCUGGACUGGGAAAGUCAACAUUAAUCAACUCAUUGUUCCUCACAGAUUUGUAUUCUCCAGAGUAUCCAGGCCCUUCUCAUAGAAUAAAAAAGACUGUACAGGUGGAGCAAGCCAAAGUUUUAAUCAAAGAAGGUGGCGUUCAGUUGCUGCUGACGAUAGUUGAUACCCCAGGAUUUGGAGAUGCAGUGGAUAAUAGUAAUUGCUGGCAGCCUGUUAUCGACUACAUUGACAGUAAAUUUGAGGAUUACUUAAAUGCAGAAUCCCGAGUGAACAGACGGCAGAUGCCCGAUAAUAGGGUGCAGUGUUGUUUAUACUUCAUUGCUCCUUCAGGACAUGGACUUAAACCAUUGGAUAUUGAAUUUAUGAAACGUUUGCAUGAAAAAGUGAAUAUCAUCCCACUAAUUGCCAAAGCAGACACACUCACACCAGAGGAAUGUCAACAGUUUAAAAAGCAGAUAAUGAAAGAAAUCCAAGAACAUAAAAUUAAAAUAUAUGAAUUUCCAGAAACAGAUGACGAAGAAGAGAAUAAGCUGGUUAAGAAGAUAAAGGAUCGUUUACCACUUGCUGUGGUAGGUAGUAAUACUAUCAUCGAAGUUAAUGGCAAAAGAGUCAGAGGAAGGCAAUAUCCUUGGGGUGUGGCUGAAGGUAAGGUUAUUUUCUGUGUUGAAAAUGGUGAACAUUGUGAUUUUACAAUUCUAAGAAAUAUGUUGAUAAGGAGUCCUCUGGCACAGAUGGAAGAAGAAAGAAGGGAACAUGUAGCCAAGAUGAAGAAGAUGGAGAUGGAGAUGGAACAGGUGUUUGAGAUGAAGGUCAAAGAAAAAGUUCAAAAACUGAAGGACUCUGAAGCAGAGCUCCAGCGGCGCCAUGAGCAAAUGAAAAAGAAUUUAGAAGCACAACACAAAGAAUUAGAGGAAAAACGUCGCCAGUUUGAAGAAGAGAAAGCAAACUGGGAAGCUCAACAACGCAUUUUAGAGCAACAGAACUCUUCAAGAACCUUGGAAAAGAACAAGAAGAAAGGCAAGAUCUUUUAA